AUGGUCCUCCCCACCUCUUCAUCCGGGUCGACAACGCUCAACGACCAAAGCCUUCCCCCCUCCUCGGGUCGCAAGCUCGUACUGUGCUUUGACGGAACUGGCGACCUGUUCGAUACGACCAACACGAACAUCGUCAAGCUCGUCUCGUUCCUGAAAAAAGAUGACUAUAGGAACCAGAUGGUGUAUUAUCAGACGGGAGUGGGGACGGCCGUCAAGGCGGGCUUGUUCUCUGGGUUGGCAAAGAUGGCAGCGUACGGUGUUGGCUGGGAUAUCAAGUAUCAUAUCAUGGGUGGCUACACGUUCCUAAUGCAGAACUGGGUUCCCGGCGACCGGAUCUACCUGUUUGGCUUCUCUCGCGGCGCCUAUACCGCCCGUGCGCUCGCAGGCAUGCUACAUAAAGUUGGCCUAUUGCCACGGGGGAACGACGAGCAGGUUCCGUUUGCCUACUCGAUGUAUAUGCGUACAGACAAGGCGGGGUGGGAGGCGAGCACCUCGUUCAAGGGCACGUUCUCGAACACCGUCUCUAUCGACUUUGUUGGUGUUUGGGAGACGGUCGAGUCGGUUGGUAUUUUUAGGAACGUCAGUUUCCCCUUCACCGCCUCGGGCAACCAUAUUCGCAUUUUCAGGCAUGCGCUUUCACUGGACGAGCGCCGCGUAAAGUUCAAGGCGAACCACUAUCAUGCCAAUUUGAACUUGUCCCAGCUUUCCAAGGCCGCGGCAGAGGCUGAUGCCGUAGCCGGGCUGGAAGAUACCGACAUGCAGGAAGUGUGGUUCUCUGGUGGGCAUGGUGAGAUCGGCGGUGGGAACUUCUCCAAUGAGGAGCUGUAUGAUCCUGCUCGGAUCCCUAUGGCAUGGAUGCUUCGCGAGAUUGUACUGACCGAUACGGGUCUUGAGUUUGAUCUAGACGCGGUCAAGAAAGCUGAUUUUGUGCUUCCCGAGCGGCCCGAGGGCGGCCGAGUGACAAACGGCAAAGCUGCACAUGAGGAGCGUCCUAUCCUGCCCAUCCAUUGCAUCCGCAACCUCGACAAGCGCUACGACGGCGACGUCAAGGCCAAGAUCACCGAUCAGCUCCUUAUCUCGCCCUCCUGGUGGUUCCUAGAGCUUAUUCCCUUCAGCUAUAUGCAUCACGGGCCGAACGGAUCCAUCACGUAUACUCAUGUCCCCAAUCUCGGGAAAGCGCGCUCGGUCCCAACUCUCCCGCCGAAGGCGACCGUCCACGUCUCGGUCAGGGAGCGUAUGAAGCUCGAGAAUACCUACCAACCUAAGGCUAAAUGGCAGGGCGAACCCGUCUGGGCCGAGUGA